AUGAAGUACUUCAUUGCUAUCGCUUUACUUGUUGCUGCCGCCCAAGCCAUUCCAAUUGAGUUGGGUCACUACGGCCAUGGACCAUUGUUGCAUGCUGCCCCUGUCUUAGCCCAUGGUCCCGUACACUUAGCACAUGCUCAACCAGAACCUGUGGCCUAUCCCAAAUACUCCUUCAACUAUGGCAUUAAAGAUCCCCAUACCGGUGACAUUAAAUCACAAGCUGAGGAACGUGAUGGUGAUGUAGUCAAGGGUCAAUACUCGUUGGUUGAACCUGAUGGUUCCGUACGUACCGUCGACUACACCGCCGAUGACCACAAUGGUUUCAAUGCCGUUGUACACAAGACCGCACCCAAGGUCAUUGCUGCACCUGUACAUGCUCCUAUCUAUGCUCAUGGCCCAGCACCAUUGUUGCAUCAUUAUUAAAUUCUCCACAAAGAAGACAACAAAGAAAAAAUAAUAUUAAAAUCUAAUUAAAGAAGACAACAACAACAAAAAA